GCCAUCCGUUGUUGCCGCCUCUCCUUUACCAGACUCUGUCAUCCUAACUUCAUAGGUUGUAUCGCCCCCCUCUGCUUGUGGCUCAGAUUUGGUUUGCUUUCCCUCCUACUUAGGUAAAUCUCAUCCUUUCUCUAUCUCAGCACCCCCUCCCCUUUCCCCAUCCCCUACCUCUUCCUCUCCAUCACCGAGGCCUACCCUAUCCUCCCCAAUGAUCGAAUCUCCUCCACCUAGAAGCAUAAAAUGGAUGGUGCCAAACCGGUUGCAACACCCAUGUCCUCUUCAGGGUUGUCUCAUCACACAAGUUCUCCACCUCUUUCCAAUGGCACAGAUUACUGGAGAUUAGUUGGCUCCUUACAAUGCCUGUCAUUAACUCGUCUUGACAUUUCAUUUGCUGUCAAUAAGUUGUCUCUGUACACGCACUGUCCCACUGAGAUGCACUGGCAAGUCGUCAAACGUAUCUUACGCUAUCUAAAGCAUACUAUGUGCCAUGUACUACUGAUACGGCCCACUUCUUCUCUUGUUCCUCAUGCUUUUAGUGAUUCUGACUGGGCCGGAGACAAGGAUACUUGUGUCUCCACUAUUGGUUAUAUUGUCUUUCUUGGUGCCACACCUAUCUCCUGGAAGGCUAGCAAACAAAAAGUCGUUGCUCAAAGUUCAACCAAGGCAAAGUACCGGGCUUUGGCAACUGCUUCUUUUGGGUUAGUUUGGGUACUGCAUUUGUUGACUGAACUUGGCUUUCCUAUAGGUGCUCUACCAGUACUCUACUGUGAUAAUGUUGGCACCACAUAUCUCAGUAGUAAUCUAGUCAUGCAUUCUCGCAUGAAGCACAUCGCAAUUGAUUUUCAUUUUAUUCGUGAUCUCGUUGACAGGAAAAUUCUUCGUGUCUCCCAUAUUGCUUCCGCCGAUCAACUUGCCGAUGGGUUAACUAAGCCACUGUCUUCAUCCCAAUUUGCCUUGCUAUGUUCCAAGAUUGGUGUCGCAGAUGGCUCCACCAUCUUGCGGAGGCAUAUUAAGGAAACACAUAACACUGCAGCAUCAAUCAUGGCUUAAUUACACUCAAGGAAUGUUAAGUCCUGAUUUUUCUCACAAUCAGUUCCUACCAAUCAUAUAUUCUGCAUUAAUAAGGAUUAUGCACAUUAUGUAUAUUUCUAUUUCUGCUAGUUCUUUCCAUGCGAGUUAAUUAGGGCAACAUCUCAAUUUAUAUAUAUAUAUAAUCUCAGUGAGUAAUAUAUAUCUUCUACUCUCAACCUGUUCUUUCAUCCUAUUACGCAGCUGGAUUUUUCUCUUUCUCACUAUUAAAGCCAUUGUGAUCUC